AUGAGUGGCCGCCGGCUGGCCCGCUUCGCCCUGGGCUGCUUCUUCCUCGCCAUCUGCGGCGGCAGAGCAAGAGCGGAAGGCCUCGAACUCCAUGUGCCGAAGAUAGUAGAAGCAGAAGUUGGGAAGGAAGCGUCCAUCGCCUGCAACUUUGUCCUCCCCAAAAACACCACUUAUGCCUACAUCAAGUGGUUUUACAUGGAGAAAAAUGAACGGAAAGAGAUCUUGUCCAAGAGCCGAGCUGGGGUUGAUCACAAGGAGUCAGACAUGAAAGAACGAUUCGGCAUCAGUGACCAUUUUGCUCUGACCAUCAGCAAGGUGGCCCCGAGGGAUGCCAAGACGUACCUGUGCCAGGUUGGAGCGGGCAGUGCUGGCUUUGCAGAGAAGCAGGCGGAGCUGCGUGUCUCAAAGGCUCCAGAUACGUCAGUGACCGUUGUGAGUGAGGGGAUCGGGGCCUCGAAGGAUGAGCUUUCUAAGAUUGCGACGUGUACCAGCCAGAAUGGUUACCCGACCCCAUCCAUCACGUGGUACAAGGACCAGCGGCCUCUGUCCCCCAAUGGAUCAGAAACGGACAUCCGCAAUGCGGUCAUCAGGGAGUCCAGCGGGCUCUUCACAGUCAGCAGUAUCCUCUUUGAACGAGUCACCAAAGAGGACCGCCACGCCUUCUACCACUGCCAGGUCGACUACAGUUUGAUGGGGGUCAACAAGACGUCCCAGAUGGACAGCUUCCAAAUCAAAGUGCUUUAUCCCUCUGAGAACAUCAGUUUCGUCAUCGACGGCCCCAGCAAGGAAGUGAAGGAAGGCGACCGGGUGAUGCUGCGCUGCAAAGCAGAUGGGUAUCCUGAGCCUGAUUACACCAUUUUCAGAGUGGAGGACCAGGAGCUGGAUGCCCCCUCGGGGGAGCUGACCCUUGAACACGUCACGAAAGAGGACAGCGGCGCCUACUACUGUCAAGUGUUUGACUUCGAUACCAUGAAGGCGCUGGAAGCCAACGUUAGCCUGUCUGUCAACUAUAUUGACAUGCUCACGAUCACCCCAGAACACCACGAGGCCUUGAAGGAAGGAGAAAGUUUGAACCUUACCUGUGAUGCAGAAGGCUCCAAGCCUUUGGAAUUCAAGUGGAAAAGGAAGGGGAAACUGGUGUCCAGAGGAAAGCAACUCUCACUGCUCAACGUCACCCACGAGACUUUGGGCAACUAUAGUUGUGUGGUCACCAUGCCGGAGGUGUCGGGGCUCUCCCAUUCCAAACUCAUUUUCGUCAACGUUUAUUCAAAGCCUAGCCUGGCUGGGGAAAUGCACCAGGAAUACGUCCAAGUGAACGAGCUGGCGAACUUCUCCUGCAUCGCUGUCGCGGUUCCCAAAGCCACAAUCUUAUGGAGCACGUCCAAUGGAACGAGAGGACAUUGGCACCGGAAUGGCCACGUUAACAGCACACUUCAGAUCCGGGUCACUCCAGAACUUCUGAAAUCUGGAAUCAACUGCACAGCCCAAAAUAGCCUUGGCAUGGCAGAGUACCACUUCAGCCUGCAGAAGAGACCUGCAACAACGCCUCCGACCAGGAUUGAUUCCCAGACACAAGAGAGCAGAGGCGUCAUCAUUGUGGCUGUCUUCGUUGGGAUCCUGGUGAUUGCCGUGCUCGGGGCGGUCCUUUACUUCCUGCACAAGAAAGGGAAGCUCCCCUGUGGGCGCUCCGGCAAACAAGAGAUCACAAGGCCCGAAGCGCACAAAGACGAGAUUGUAGUUGAAGUUAAGUCAGAUAAACUUCCUGAAGAGGCGGGGCUUCUGCAGGGCGCCAACGGCGAGAAGAGAUCUGCAGGUGACCAGGGAGAGAAAUACAUCGAUUUGAGGAACUGAGGAAGAGAGACCGCACUGCGCUUUCCCCCCA